GAUUUCUUUGAAUAACGGUGCAUGAUAUUUUUUACUAUAAUCGCUCGUAUCUUAUACAAUAUAUACCUGUUAAUACAAAAACGAUUCUUUGUUCGCCACAUUAGAUUUCAGCUAUUGAUUAAUCGCAGGUGUGCACGACUUAAACACUUCAAAAGUUGCGUUAAUCAUUAUCAGUUUACUGAUCCUACAUCGAUCUGAAAUACACGGCUGUUCUUGAUCAGUCUGUCCGGUGUAAGAUUACGGUUACUCAUUUUCCUGCAAUAGCCGUUCUACUGAUUCGUGCACCUGAACGAUAAAAUGAUAAUCGAUAUUUUUCAAUUCACAUGAACGAAAACGAAGAAUCACCUUCGUUAAGGAUCAUUCCGGGCCAAGUCAAUGAUCAAGCAACAUGGAAACCAGUGCAUCAGUAUUAUUAAAAUAGUAAUCAGUGUAAACGUGGUGAUCGAUAUAAAUUUAUUAAUUAUCGUGCGUAUUGGCGAAAUUAUCUAAUACAAAUGUAUAUAAACGUAGAGAAUACAUGUGCAUAACUGUAAAGAAGAGAAUCAAACAGUGGCCUAUAGAUACUACAAGCUGAACUAUCCGUUCGAUAUUUUUACGGAAUUAUUAUCAACAUGAAUCGAAUCUGUCUUGAAGUUAUUACUGCUAUAUUAAUAUCUUGUUACACAUUAACAAUAGUGCAGUGCCAGAAUGGGGAAAAUGCCCAUUGCGUGUGGUCCGGGACGAGCGAGGCCGCUGAGGGAUACACGUUAGUAUAUUUGGGCCCCCCGUUUGCCAGCAAUAAUACGGACGUGAAAAGGAGACUUCGUGAGAAGUGUCCACAGUAUUUUGAAGGCAUAGAUGUUUCAGAUAAUGAUAAACCGAAAUUAUGUUGCGAUGAUAGUAAUAUAGAAACACUCCUUAGUAAGUUAGACACGGCUGAAGCUGUUUUUGGUAGAUGUCCAACGUGUAUAAGAAAUAUGUACCAGCUUUUGUGCGACUUAACUUGUAGCCCUGUGCAAAGCACAUUUUUGAAUAUUACAAAGACAGAAACAAACAAUAAUGUAACUUACGUCGAUGGAGUUCAAGCUUAUGUGGAUGAAGGAUAUAUGAAUAGAACAUUUGACUCCUGUAAGAACGUCAUUAUGCCAUCAACUGGAAAUUUGGCUAUGGGAAUAUCAUGCGGAAAACACACAGCGGAAACAUGCACGCCGAAAUUGUGGUACGAGUAUCAAGGCGAAAAUCCGCUCAUCAAGUUUAAAAUGGAUUUCCUUACUGAGAAUGAAUCUUGGAACGGAAUGUUUUGGAACGCGUCGGUGAAACCAUGUAAUGAAAGCUACAAUGGAUCGGUAGCUUGCGGUUGCAACGACUGCCCGUCGGCCUGUCCGUAUAUGGAAUUGGUAAAGGAAAAGCCUAAAUUCAUCAUUUUUAACCACAACGGUUACGGAGUGAUAGCCGGAAUAGUAAUUGGUGUAUUAAUACUGUCAGCUACGAUUACAUUCAUAGUUGUAAAGAAAAUACGUUCAGAUAAACCAGUUGUUGAUGAAAACAUCAACGCGGAGGGUGAAACGGAAAUAAAACAAUUUUCAAAAAUUGACAUAAUAUGUCGAUCAAUUUUUAUUGCCUGGGGUAGAGCAUUUGCAAAAUAUCCAGUCGUUCUCUUACUCGUGUUCUUAUGUAUAAUAAUUGGACUGAGCUAUGGAAUCACGAGUCUUCAAGUAAUAAGCAAUCCAACGGAAAUUUGGGCAGCACCCACUAGCAGAGCUAGAGUCGAGAAGGAUUACUUCGAUACGCAGUUUCAACCCUUCUACAGAACCGAACAAAUCUACAUUAAAGCCGUAGGCUUGCCGGAGGUGCCUUAUAAUUCGACAACCGACGUUCUCAAAUUGGGUCCUGUGUUCAACAAGGAGUUCCUACUCGCUGUAUACGAACUUCAGAAUGAAAUACUGAAACUCGGCAAAGAUGACGACGAAGGUUUGGACCGUAUUUGUUACGCGCCUGCUCAAAGCGACUAUCUCGGGAACAUCACUUUGGACCUUUGCACGGUGCAAAGCGUAUGGGGAUAUUUCCAAAACGAUAUCAACAUUUUUAAUGGAACGACCGGAGUCUCUUAUUUGGACCAUUUAUAUAAAUGUGCCCAGAACGCUUUCAAUCCUGAAUGUUUGGCACCAUACAAGGGGCCAGUUUUUCCCGCGUUGGCUUACGGAGGUUUUCUUAAAGAAGGCGAAUUAAAUUACGAUGCGAAAAAUUAUAUGAAAGCAACCGGAGUAGUUUUAUCUUUUCUUGUGAAAAACUCUCUCGAUACGGAGGAGCUCGAAUCGGCGUACAAGUGGGAACAACGGUUCCUCGAUUUCAUGGAAGAAUGGACCGUGAAAAAGAGACCAGAGUUUAUGGACGUCGCCUAUACCACAGAGAAAUCAAUCGAGGACGAGUUAGUGCGAUCAUCGAAAGCAGAAGCUAAGACAAUACUCCUCAGUUACGCAUUGAUGAUUCUUUACGUAGCUUUUGCGUUAAGUAAAGUAAAAUGUGGGAUCCUAGUAUAUCUUGCGAAUAGCAAAAUAAUGUUGAGUUUUGGUGGAGUAAUCAUAGUAAUAGCAUCAGUUGCUUGCUCUCUUGGCGUGUUCGGUUACAUCGGAGUACCCACGACGCUUCUUACAAUUGAAGUGAUUCCAUUUUUAAUAUUGGCCGUAGGGGUAGACAAUAUCUUUAUUUUGAUUCACACGCAUCAAAGGCAUCCAAAACGUGCCGAUGAAUCUGUACCUGAUCAUAUCGGAAGAAUUCUGGCGGAAGUUGGACCGUCGAUGUUACUUACUAGCAUGUCGGAAUGCUUCUGCUUCUUAAUAGGAGCACUAUCACCAAUGCCAGCUGUAAAUACUUUUGCUCUCUAUGCAUCUUUAUCCAUUCUGAUCAACUUCCUUUUACAAAUAACAGCUUUCGUUUGUCUAUUAUCUCUGGAUGCGCAAAGAUUUGAGAAGAGACUGUUGGAUGUCUUUUGUUGCGUAAAAAUCGACAAAGAGAAUUUUAUAGAGGAAGAAAGCUUCAACCUUAUGCACACGAUCUUUAAACGUUUUUAUACGCCUACUCUUAUGACAACGCCUUGUAGAAUAAUUGUGUUAAUUGUGUUUUCCGUUGCUCUAAUCACACAUGCUACAGUAUUGCCACAAGUCAGUAUUGGCCUGGAUCAAAAGCUUUCUAUGCCUGAAGAUUCUUACGUCUUUAAAUAUUUUGAGUUUAUGGAAGAUCUUCUGUCGAUGGGACCACCUGUUUAUUUUAUAGUAACUCCUGGACUUGAUUAUAGUAAGACGGAAGUGCAAAAUAUAAUAUGCGGUGGUUUCCAAUGUAAUAGCGAUUCGUUGUAUUCGCAGAUCUAUGCAGCAGCUAGGAAACCUGAGGUAUCCUAUUUGUCGAAAGCAGCUUCGUCGUGGAUGGACGAUUACAUGGACUUUGUGUCAAUUCGUUCAUGUUGUAAGGAGUCGAAUAAUGGCUCAUUCUGUCCCCAUACAGAUUAUACAUGCGGAGAGUGCAACGUUACUCUUGACGGGAUGCGACCAGAUGCAAGAAGUUUUCGAAAGUAUUUAUCAUACUUCAUUCAGGAUGUUCCAGACAACAAUUGCCCGAAAGCUGGCCGAGCUGCAUAUAAAGAUGCCUUACGUUAUACUACAAACGUACACGGACUAACGGAUGUUCAAGGCAGUUACUUUAUGGGCUAUCAUACUCCGUUAAAGAGACAAUCGGAUUGGUACGAAUCACUAAGACUUGCUAGAGAAAUCGCCGACAACAUAACAGUUAUGAUAAAUGAGAAAAAGUUAACAAACGAGGAAAUAACUGUGUUUCCAUAUAGCGUGUUUUAUGUUUAUUAUGAACAAUAUCUCACUGUCUGGAAAGAGACAUUAGUGUCAUUGGGUUUGUCUCUCAGUGUCAUCAUGGUAGUAACUAUUAUUCUAACAGGGUUAUCAAUAUUUUCCGCACUGAUAGUAUUACUAACAGUACUUAUGAUAAUUAUCAAUUUGGGAGGACUCAUGUAUUGGUGGAAUAUUCAAUUAAACGCGGUCUCCCUCGUCAAUUUAAUAAUGGCUACUGGUAUAUCCGUAGAGUUUUGCAGUCAUAUUAUACAUUAUUAUUUAAAGUCCACGCGAAAUACGAGGCUUGAUCGUGCCACCGAUACGCUUAAUUUAAUAGGGAGUUCGGUGUUCUCUGGUAUCACACUCACUAAAAUUAUUGGAAUUGUGAUACUAGCAUUUUCUAAAACUCAAAUCAUUCAAGUAUUUUACUUCCGAAUGUAUCUGGGAAUUGUACUUUUCGGUGCUCUGCACGGUUUAAUAUUUUUACCAGUACUAUUAAGUAUUAUAGGUAAGAAAACGAAAUUCAUGUCCCCCUAUGUAACAUCGCUUAUAAGCGUAUGAAAAUGAUUGAUUAAUUAAAUUAUAGGGCCGACAAGAUGAAAGUGAAACAUUCGUAACCAACAAUAAAAGAAAGCUAGAACGAAAGGUUUAAUUAACGACUGAUAGAAAAUUAUGUAUGUUACUGAUAGAAAAUGAUGUGUUAUGUAUAUGUAAAU